CUGACAGAGUUCUUCUCGAAUUCAUCAAAUCAGCUGUCAUCUCUCGUCCAUGGCUAAGGAACCUGGUCCGCGUUCACAUUUGGCGCUGCGUUGCCCACUUCAGAGACUAGAUAUGAAAACAUUUCCGUCCGCAUCCCGAAAUCACAGCGGCUUGAGCGACGCUGAGGUUUCUUGAAAUCAGCAAUAUGUUCCAGACAUUGCGGAAUUUAGGGAGCCUGAACGCGGGAUUCGCGUCGUUUCCCAUGACAAUAUCGCUCUGCGCUAUCCGAUUCCACUGUGCCACCUUAUCCAAGAGCCACCACCACUUGGAAAUGACGUGGUGCAGCGCCUUGCUGCUUGCCGUUGGCCGUUUCAAAACGGUGACCAGCUGUGCAGCCUUUCAAUUUAGAUCAUUGCUUCCUUCAUCGCCUGUCAUCUCGGCUCCCGUCUCAUCCUUCUUUCGGCGAGCUUCGUUUGAUUCCUCGAAAUGGCUCCAUCAUUGUCAUUCUUGAGCUGUGUGGCAGCGGUUCAGUUUUUCCUGAUCCUGCUGGAUGUCUCUGUCAGUGUGCAUGCACGGAGCUUCCCAUCUGGUGAUUUUCCCCGGGAUCUCCACGUGGAUGCUGAUAGCCGCCAGAGUGCGUCCUCAUCCCAGAUUGAAUUCCAAACUGCUGCCAGAGAUCUGACUGCUACCAGAGGGGUAAUUCGUCCUAUUGAAGAACCUGAUGCUGCCAAAUUCAGGCAGUCCGAGUCAUCGGGUGCAGCCCUUCGACUGGCUCUACGAGGGCAUUUGAAGCGCCUGGCCACCUUUUGGGCGUCGGCUUUCAGAAAGCAACGGCUUCAUGAAUCAGAACCAGGUUUUCGUCAUCAGAAUGACAACGCCGGCGCUCGUGUCAGAAACACCGAAGGGGGAAAUGGCAAUAGUAUCGUUUAUACUUCGCUGAGUCAGCUGUUUCCAUUGCGGGCAGUCGCCUCCAGGAAGCAGGUUCUUGGGGGGUCAGGAGCUACAUUCUUUGAGCAAGAUGCCAAUGGUGGGAGCAUCAACAACCUGGGAGUCACUAACAGCCAGAGAAGCAGAGUAGGAGACGGUAUGGGGUACGCUUCAAGCUUCCAAGGCAAUUCAAUGUCCCAAACAAGUGCAACAAACCCCACUCUCCCCACAGUGUACGGUGGAUCUAGUGUCUAUACUACCGCUGCAACGAAUGGUGUGGGUUCCUCAUUCCCAUUUGCAGGUCUGGGGACCACUGGUGAUGUGUUUGUUGGUGUGGAUGGGCAGUUGAUUCCGACAGGUGCAAGCAUAGGCGAUUGAUGGAUUCUUGAGAAUCACAUUCAGGGUUGUCUCAUUCCAGUUUGCGGGUCUGAGUGCCACUGAUGUGUUUUUUUGGGGUGGACGGGUAGUCCCACAGGUGCAAUUGCAAGUGAUUGAUGGAUCACUAGGUUAUUUUCAAGGGCUGAUCCAAGUCUGA